GAAAGUCUGACUUUGGUUACUUGUUCUCCGCGUUAAUGUCCUCGAUUUUCCGGAUUUCAAGACGGAUUCUACGACCAACUCUUUUGACCAGAGAUUAUGCCACAGAAGCUAUCACAUUGAAGCCCUCAAAUUUCGGUCAACCAGUUCUGCGAUCUCAUCCUCACCUCAUUCGACCAAACGAACUCACACCCGGGAUUCCAGUGGAGGAAUAUGAAACAAGAAGAAGAAAACUGAUGGAUAACUUGCCGGAAAACAGUACCGUCGUCUCUGUUUCGGGUACCGUGAAGUUUAUGAGUGGAAAUAUAUUUUACGACUUCCGGCAGGCUUCGGAUUUUUGGUACCUCACUGGCUUUCAAGAGCCCGACUCUGCUGUGAUUCUAGAGAAAAAUUCCUCUUCCAAAGGGUACCGAAUGACACUCUUCUCGCCAGGCAAAGACCUCAGCAAGGAGCAAUGGGAUGGUGCCAGGACAAGUUUCUCGGAUGCCUGCGCGUUGUUCAGGGCCGACGACGCGCGGUCGAUAGACGAUUUCUCAACUCAUUUUGACUCGAUUGUGAAGCGAUAUACACAUGUGUAUCUUGAUGUUCCCCCAACGAAGGCUCGUCGCGGACUGAAGUCAACGUCCAAGUCCCUAAUCCAGUGCCUGACCGGCACGUCUAAUGCUACCACCCAUUCCAUUAUUGAAGCUUGGAAGAAGAAGCCCGCCAGACCACUGGCACCUCACAUCGCUCGUCUGAGAGUCAUCAAGAGUGAAAACGAACAAAGAAUAAUGCGGGAGGCUAGUGACAUUAGCGGUCGUGCUCAUGCCAAGACGAUGCGAUUCACUCGUCCGGGUCUGUCUGAAUCUGCUGUCGCGGCACAUUUCCAGUAUCUAUGUCUGUUAUCUGGAGCACAGAGACUUGCCUACGUCCCUGUCCUGGCUUCCGGGCCUAAUUCCCUUAUCAUACAUUAUACCUCGAAUGAUCACCUCGUACAGCCUGGGGAGUUGGUUUUGAUUGAUGCGGGCUGUGAAUACAACGGGUACGCGUCAGAUAUAACCAGAACAUAUCCUGCCGAUGGUACAUUCACACCUCCUCAACGAGACUUAUAUGCGGCAGUACUCUCGGUCCAGAAAGCCCUCGUCUCUCAGUGUUCUGAGUCAGCGAAUAUGACGCUCUACGAUCUCCACACACGGUCGUGCCAACUUCUCCGUCAGGAGCUAAUUCAAUUAGGGUUCCAACUUGGAGCUGGGGACCUAGAGAGACUAUAUCCUCACUUCUUGAGCCAUCCUAUCGGGAUAGAUUUACAUGAAUCUGAUAAUUUCAACAGAAGUGAGACGAUUAAAGCAGGCAUGGUCAUCACCAUUGAACCCGGCAUUUACGUGCCACCGUCACCUGCAUUUCCAAAACACUACCAUAAUCUCGGGAUCCGCAUAGAGGAUGAGGUGCUCGUAGGGGAGAAACACCCAGUGGUAUUGUCAGUCUCAGCCCCAAAAGAGAUAGCAGACGUCGAAGGCGCAUGUCAAGGACUGCUUGGUCUGGAGGCUCUUUGAUUAUUAGAAGUAUCGGUAGAGGAUGUCGCUUUACUUUGAGCGGUGGUUGCUGUCCCUCGACCUCAGUCAUCCCUGACGGUUAGCAUGGUUGUCCACGAAACUUCUAACCUAUCGCAUGAAUGAAGCUUUUGAAGCUGUUCGUUGAGAACGGCUCCCGACUUCAUUGUUAUCGAGCAUUUAUUGGAGACAUCCUCCAUUCCUCUUCUCGGACCUUUUGUUGCCUUCCUCUGCCUAUUCCGCUUCGAUCUCCAGUCGCAGGCGUUUGGGCAUCGUAUCGGGUAAAUGGACAUCCUUAAGUCGGUAAGGUUGAAUUGCCACAGGUGAGGUCUGCCUUUCGAAGUUUUCCGUUAUUGGCGCUUGUCACUUCCAUAGUCGUUACAGUUUAAUCAGGCUGUUCGAUUUUAGCUCCGGUUCAGAUACCGUGUUCCGCUCGGGACGAGAGACUAGGGUGCUGGUUAUGGUGCUGUGCAGUGAAUCAAGGGAUUUCAUAAUUGGAAGUGGAGAUUCAUCAUUACUAUCUUCUAGAGCAUCUGGAACUUUUACACAUGUUUUUCUCGGGUUCAGAGGGUGAAUCCGACUGAAUCCCGUUGAACCUGAGACCGAAGACCCAGACGGCGUAUCGAGAUUGAAGCUGUAAUGAAUCAUUGUUCACUGUUCAAUUCUUGAAACGUUCAACACCAUUCAUGGCUAAUCAUAUCCACGCGACGAGCACCUCUUCUUUUUUCUCUAUAGCUUCCGCGAUGAAGCUGUCUGUUUCAUUCAAAUAUUUUGUCAAAAGAUCCCAGAUCCCAUCCCUUCAUGACAAGAUGUGCAGCAGGCGCAUGGUGUAGUCCGGCAACAAUUUCCAGCGUCGGAAUAUUGGAUUCCUCCUAGUGCACUCCGUUGAUACAUCAAUAUCAUAAUGCAUC